AUGGCAUAUAUAGAGGGCAAAAGAGAAGUGAUUCAUAGCGUUAAGGUUGGAAUUGCUUUGGUUUUGGUUUCACUUUUGUAUCUUCUUGAUCAACCAUUCGAACGUGUGGGAGAAAAUGCUAUGUGGGCUAUCAUGACCGUUGUCGUCGUCUUCGAAUUCUUUGCAGGUGCUACACUUAGCAAGGGAAUAAAUCGAGGGAUUGGAACUAUAGUAGGUGGUGGAUUAGGGUGUUUUGCUGCAAUUAUUGCAAAUAGAAAGGGAGAGAUGUUUGAAGCUAUUCUUGUUGGCUCUUCUAUUUUUAUUUUUGGCACUGUUGCAACAUAUAUGAGGCUGCUUCCAAAGAUCAAGAGGAGAUACGAUUAUGCAGUGAUGAUCUUCAUUCUCACCUUCAAUCUUGUCCUUGUAUCGCCUGUACGCUCAGAUAUCAUUGUAGCUUUAGCCCUGAACCGACUAUCGACGGUUGGUAUGGGCUUGGCGAUCUGCAUCUGCAUUAGUAUCUUCAUCUUUCCUAUGUGGGCAAGUGAUGAGCUCCAUUACUCUAUAGCCUUCAAAUUUGAAAAACUUGCCUCCUGUAUUGAAGGAUGCUUGGAGGAAUUUUACACAAUGUCCAAUGAUAUGGAAACCCUACAAAGUAUCGUUAUGCAAACCUGCAAGUCUAUACUGCACUCAAAUGCCAAUGAGGAAUCACUAGACAAAUGUAUAAUAGUGGAGUGUGACUCCUUGCGCAAUUGGACGAUUGAGAUCCUGGGUCGAGACCUAAUAGGGGACGACCCCAAGCACCAGUUGUUUAGCUUCUUUGCGACGUCGUUUUCAGCUUAUUUAGCACCCAUUGCAGUUGAUUUUGAUACUAGGUUGUACACAAUGUCAAUUUACAUUAAAACCCCUCCUCAGCCCACAAAUUUACUUUUUGAUCUUGGUGCUUCUUUCAGCUGGGUCGACUGUACCCAUAACUACAAUUCCUUUACGUAUAGGGCCAUUCCGUGCAGUUCCUCUCUUUGCAAUUCGCUCGGUUCACAUGCAUGUUCCAACUGCUUCAGUUUGCCAGGUCCGGGUUGUUCCAACGACUCGUGCGUACUCUUCCCUAAAAACUCAGUGACUCAGAGAUCAGCAAUGGCGAAUGCACUGACUGAUUGGCUUUCUCUACCCCACACCGAUGGACGUAACCCGGGACAACUCGGUGCUAUCCCCGAGUUCAUAUUCUCAUGUUCCAAAAAGAAGUCUUUACUUAAAGGCCUCGUUAAAGGGGUGACCGGCGUAGCCGGUCUGGACCGGUCUAACUUUUCUCUCUCAACCCAGAUUAGCAACACCGUCUCUUCUCCUAACUUAUUUGCACUUUGCCUGUCCGGUUCACCCUCAGCUCCGGGUUUGGUAUUCUUGGGUACUAGUGGACCGUACUAUUUUUAUCCCCAAAUUGACCUUUCAAAAUAUCUUAUUUACACUCCACUCCUGUCUAAUCCGUUGAGAAGCUCUCUAGAAAUUUACCGGUACCCCUCCGCUGAGUAUUUCAUUGGUUUGACUUCCAUAAAAGUCAAUGGAAAAGUUGUACAAUUUGAUCAUACGCUUCUCAAUAUCGAUGCAAAUGGCUUUGGUGGGACCAAGCUGAGUACCGUAACUCCAUACACUAUGCUACAUUCUAUCAUUUUAAAGGCUUUCACCAAGGAGUUUGUAAAUGAAUCAGCUGCGCUCAAUCUCACCAUAACAGAACCAGUAAAGCCGUUCAAUGUGUGUUAUGAUGCAGACGAUGUUCGUGACACACGUUUAGGACCAGCUGUUGCAACAAUUGAUUUUGUUAUGCAAAGUGAUGAUGUGUUCUGGAGAAUCUUUGGAUCAAAUUCGAUGGUCAGGAUUGUGCGUGAAGGAAUCGACGUGUGGUGUCUUGGGUUUUUGGAUGGUGGGGCCAACAUGAAGACUGCGGUCGUGAUUGGAGGGCACCAAAUGGAGGACAAUUUGCUGCAGUUUGAUCUAAACAACAAUAGACUAGGAUUUAGUUCUUCAGUUUUAGCACAUGGUACAAUGUGUGCCAACUUCAAUUUUACAACAAAUAAUGUCUUAGGAUGA